AUGAACAUCUCGGCACGCAAGUCUCGCCCCGUUGGCGCCGCCCCCGUCCGCCUGCGCCCUCGCUCGCGGUGGUCGGUCCGCAACCUCGUCGUGUCCGGCGUCGUCUUGGCCGUCCUGUCGGCAGUCUGGGGCCUUCUCGAGCAGGUCAAGUCGCGGUGGUACAUCUUCGACCCGCCCGCACUCCAUCAGCUGUGCAAGGACGCCCUCGCCCUCCACGGCAACGACACCGUCUCGGUCGUGUCGCACAUCAUCACGUCCCUCUCUCACGAGCACCCGUCGUGGACCAUCAACACGGGCUUCAGCGCCACCCCGCUCGUCACGGGCCCGGACGGCAAGGUCGACCCGGCGAGCUACGUGCCUGCCGACCGCGAGUGGGUGUGGAACAACGCCGGCGGCGCCAUGGGCACCAUGUUCAUCGUUCACGCCAGCAUCACCGAGUACCUCAUCGUCUUUGGCACCCCGCUCGGCACCGAGGGUCACACGGGCCGCCACACGGCCGACGACUACUUCCACAUCCUCAAGGGCGAGCAGUGGGCGAGCAAGGCCGGCGCGUUCGAGCCCGAGAUCUACCGCCCAGGCGACAUGCACCACCUCGUCCGCGGCGAUGUCAAGCAGUACAUCUUCCCCAAGGACGGCGGCUUUGCGCUCGAGCUCGCUCAGGGCUGGAUCCCGCUCAUGCUGCCCUUUGGCUUCGCCGACACGUUCUUCUCGACCCUCGACAUCCCGACCUUGUACCACACGGUCCGCCUCACGGGCCGCAGCAUCAUCAGCAACCUCCUGCAUGGCAAGAUCUGA